CUUCUCUCACCGACUGCUCGCUCGCUCCUUUCUUCUUCUCCAGUGCGGCGGCGGUUCCAGAUCCAUCACAUCCACUGCACAUCUCCCAUGGCGCUAAUCGUGGAGAAGUCCGCAUCGGGGCGCGAGUACAAGGUGAAGGACAUGUCCCAGGCGGACUUCGGGCGGCUGGAGAUCGAGCUCGCGGAGGUGGAGAUGCCGGGACUGAUGUCGUGCCGGGCCGAGUUCGGGCCCUCCCAGCCCUUCAAGGGCGCCAGGAUCACCGGAAGUCUCCACAUGACUAUCCAGACCGCCGUCCUCAUCGAAACCCUAACCGCCCUCGGCGCCGAGGUCAGAUGGUGCUCCUGCAACAUCUUCUCCACCCAGGACCAUGCCGCCGCCGCCAUCGCCCGCGACAGCGCCGCCGUCUUCGCCUGGAAGGGGGAGACCCUGCAGGAGUACUGGUGGUGCACCGAGCGCGCCCUCGACUGGGGCCCCGACGGCGGCCCCGAUUUAAUCGUCGACGACGGCGGCGACGCCACUUUACUCAUCCACGAGGGCGUCAAGGCCGAGGAGGAGUACCAGAAGUCCGGGAAGGUCCCGGACCCGAGCUCCACCGAUAAUGCCGAGUUUCAGAUCGUGCUGACCAUUAUCAGGGACGGGCUGAAGGCCGAUCCCAAAAGGUACACCAAAAUGAAGGAGAGGCUGGUCGGCGUCUCGGAGGAGACCACCACCGGCGUUAAGAGGCUCUACCAGAUGCAGGCCAACGGAUCUCUGCUCUUCCCCGCCAUUAACGUCAACGAUUCCGUCACCAAGAGCAAGUUUGAUAAUUUGUAUGGUUGCCGACACUCACUCCCCGACGGCCUGAUGAGGGCCACCGAUGUGAUGAUCGCUGGCAAGGUCGGUGUCGUUUGCGGCUACGGAGAUGUCGGGAAGGGCUGUGCCGCAGCAUUGAAGCAAGCUGGUGCCCGUGUGAUCAUCACUGAAAUCGAUCCAAUUUGUGCCCUCCAGGCCCUCAUGGAAGGCCUGGAAGUCCUGACCCUGGAGGACGUCGUCUCCUCCGCUGACAUCUUCGUCACCACCACCGGAAACAAGGACAUCAUCAUGGUCGACCACAUGAGGAAGAUGAAGAACAAUGCUAUUGUCUGCAACAUCGGUCACUUCGACAAUGAGAUCGAUAUGCAAGGGCUUGAGAACUACCCGGGCGUCAAGAGGAUCACAAUCAAGCCGCAGACGGACAGGUGGGUGUUCCCAGAGACGAAGACAGGGAUCAUCGUGCUGGCGGAGGGACGGCUGAUGAACUUGGGGUGCGCGACGGGACAUCCUAGUUUCGUGAUGUCGUGCUCGUUCACGAACCAGGUGAUCGCCCAGCUGGAGCUGUGGAACGAGAGGAAGAGCGGCAAGUAUGAGAAGAAGGUGUACGUACUGCCCAAGCACCUGGACGAGAAGGUUGCGGCGCUCCACCUGGGCAAGCUCGGGGCGAAGCUGACGAAGCUGUCCAAGGACCAGGCGGAUUACAUCAGCGUGCCGGUGGAGGGGCCGUACAAGCCAGCCCACUACAGGUACUAAGUAAGUGCGGAACGAAACAAGAACAACAGAUAGACACUUUGAUCAAUGCUCUGCUCUGCUCUACUUAGUAUUAUUAUUAUUAUUAUCAUUUUGUUUUCUUGGAUUUGCUGUGAUUUGUGUUUUGUUUUGUUGGGUUGAUUUUAUUUCUAUAACAAGGAUUGAUCCAAGUGUGGAAACAUAGGGGCAUGUAUUAUUUGAUUGUUUCGGCAUUAUUUUUAUCUUCUUAUCUUUAUGUUUAUGUUGAAUGAAAUGAAUUAUGUUAUUGGCCUCACCUCAA